GCGGCCGAAGCAAAUGCCGCACGUCAAAGCAAACGCCGGCAGCCGUGGACACCUCGCACAGACAAAACGGAAACGGAUGCAGCAGCACGAUAGGUCUCGAUUACGGAAGCUCCUUCUUAUAAAGCCUUGCAGAUGCCUCGUCUCCUCUUCAGUACACGCUCUCGUCGAGAUACAUCAUGGCAGACAAGAACCUUGAAUUGGGUCAUCCAGCUGUGAGCGAGUACUCUUGGAAAGAUGUAUCCGUGACAGUACUGGACCGACACACCAAGCAAAAGCGACUAUUGAUCGACAACAUCACCGGGUAUGCUACAGCUGGUGAGUUGCUCGCCUUGAUGGGUCCCUCUGGCUCUGGCAAGACAACUCUGCUUAAUGUUCUCGCUCAUCGCGAGGCCACUAAAGGUGGCCACCUCUCUGGCAGUACGUACGUGAACCAUGCGCCCAUUUCCAAAGCGGCAUUUCGUCAUCUCUCAGCUUUUGUUGAGCAGGAAGACGCGCUCAUCGGCUCGCUCACUGUCGAUGAGACAAUGGAGUUUGCGGCAAAGCUGUCGCUUGGCCGCUCAGUCUCAAAAACAGAACGCAAGAUGCGUAUCGAAGAGCUCCUCACCAGUUUUGGUCUGGAAAACCAGAAGCAUGCACUCGUUGGAUCUGCUUUACGCAAGGGCAUCAGUGGCGGCCAGAAGCGGCGAUUGUCUGUGGCAGCCCAGCUCAUUGGCAAGCCAAGCAUUUUGCUCCUAGACGAGCCUACCAGCGGCUUGGAUUCCGUCGCGAGUUUCGAGGUCAUCAAGUUCAUCAAGGAUUUUGCUCAGACGCACGGGCUCAUCGUCGUUGUUUCCAUACAUCAACCCUCCAACAAGACGUUUGAGCUUUUCGACAAACUUUUGCUCUUAGCUGAUGGGAAGACUUGCUACAACGGAGAGCGAAGCGAGCUGUUGCCCUGGCUGGCAGACCUCAACUUGAAUGUCCCUCAGCACGUCAGUCCCAUUGAGUUUGCCCUAGAUCUGGUCAACUCCGACUUUGGCUCAACCCAUGCGCGACUUUUGCAGGAAGCCUGCUGCAAUGCUGCUCAAACGGCACCAAGAUUGAAGAAGGGCAGCGACAGCAUUUAUUUGCCUAACGAGACAUCUCGUUCGGCAUGGCACGCAACCCUUGUCCUCCUUCAGCGCUCGUGGAUCAAGUCAUAUCGUGACAUCGUCGCUUACUGGAUCCGGGUCGUUAUGUACGCUGCUCUUGGUGUCUUAAUGGGAACAGUCUGGCUUCGAUUGCCUGCUGAGGAACAGUCCAUUCAGCCAUUCAUCAGCGCCAUCUUCUUCGGUGGUGCGUUUAUGAGCUUCAUGGCUGUUGCCUAUGUCCCUGCUGUUAUUGAGGACAUCACUGCCUAUCAGCAUGAACAUGCCAACGGACUGUACGGGCCUGUUCCAUUUGUGAUAUCCAAUUCACUCAUCGGUAUUCCAUACUUGUUUGGAAUCGCACUCCUAUUUUCAAUGAUUGCGUACUGGCUCAGCAAUUUGGUACCUACGGCUCACAGUUUCGGUCUCUUUGUCAUGUGGCUAUUUCUGGACUUGUUGGCAGCCGAAGCAAUGGUAUUGCUACUCUCGUCUUUAUUCCCCAUCUUUGUCGUGGCCCUCGCUCUGUCGGCUUUUGCCAACGGUUUAUGGAUGUGUGUUUCUGGGUUCUUGGUACCAUUGCCGCAACUCAAUGUAUUUUGGAAGUAUGUCUUCCACUACAUUGACUAUCAGGCAUACGUCUUUCAGGGGAUGAUGGCAAACGAGUUUGGCAAUCGAUUCUACAAAUGUUCAUCGGCCGCUUGCAGCUUUCCAACAAAUGCUCGAGGUAUGAUUGAUGGUGAAGAAGUGCUACGUCGCUAUGGUAUCGCAGAUGGGCGAUUUGGCCUGCGCAUAGGCAUCGUGGUUGCCAUAACCGUCGUCUUGAGACUGUUGAGUGUUGUGGUGCUUUACUUGCGCAAGUCUCAUUAGUUGUAGUAAGUCAUGAGAGAGCACUGUUUCCUGCAGCUAUUGGUCGCGAUCAUUCGUGUUCUGGCACAAUGGCCGCGUCUGUAGCAGCGCCUACAGUCUCAUUAGUAUCACACCUUUCAGCAUUGUUGAUUUAUCAAAUCUAGUCGAGUACAUGCAAAACGGUAUCGAGCCGUUCCAGCACGCGACAAGCGAUACUGUAAUGACGAGCCAGCUCACG